AUGGCGCUCCAAGAGCCUAGGAUUGAACGACGAAUGAAGGCGAUGCUACGUGUCCACUUAGUCGUCAUCUUCACUUUGAUCGUAUACUGCCUUUACGCUGGCUUCCAGCGCGGGGACACUUCCUUGGCGGCUCGACUCUCACAACUCACCUCCUGGCGCAACAGCGGAGCGCUCAAGGUCCAACGAGCGACCCUUCAAGCGCAAUGUGCCAACGUUCGUGCCGCUGCGGGCCCACCAGCCUCUUUCAACCCUUCUUCGCGUCUCCGAGACAGCAACGACCACUGGGUACCCGGCACGCCUCCCACUCUUAUCAGAAAUGCGAAAAUAUGGACCGGAGCAGGGAAUGGGACAGAGAUUGUCUCUGGCGACGUGUUGUUAGAUCGUGGGCUGGUAGUUGGAGUGGGCAGUAUCUCGGCUAGGGUGUUGCAGGCUGUGCGCAAGAACUCGAGGAGGGAUGGAAGCAAGGCGGAGCUAAGGGUUGUCGACGUUGGAGGGAAGUGGGUCACCCCAGGUUUGGUUGACUUGCAUUCGCACAUUGGGGUGUACAGCGCUCCAGAACUGAACGGUGCACAAGACGGCAAUUCUCGCAAAGCACCCAUUCAGCCCUGGCUGCGGAGCAUCGACGGAUUGAACACGCACGACGAUUCCUACGAGCUCGCUAUUUCCGGCGGAGUGACCACCGCGCAAAUCCUCCCAGGAAGUGCCAACAAUAUUGGCGGGCAAGCCUUCGUCAUCAAGCUGCGUGAAACUGCCGAACGUUCGGCAACAGCCAAAGUCAUCGAACCACCCUACUUACCAAGCAAUUCAUCUGGAUAUCGUCCCUGGAGGCACAUGAAGCAUGCCUGUGGCGAAAACAUAAAUAACGUGUAUAGCCAAGUGCGCAUGGACGCGAUAUGGAAUUUCCGCCAGGCCUACGACCAAGCGAGAAAAGUGCGCGAUGCACAAGAUGCCUUCUGCGUUCGCGUCGAGGCGGGCGACUGGGAAUCGCUAAAAGUGAACGAGAACGCAUACGAGGAAUUCCCGGAGAAUCUGCAGUGGGAGUCGUUGGUUGAUGUGCUGAGAGGGCGGGUCAAGCUCUCGGCUGUCGAUUUCGACGGGAUAGUGCGCCUAUCUAAUGAGUUCAAGUUUCCUGUGGCUUCCUUCCAUCAUGGCGGAGAAGCCUAUCUCAUCACAGACCUUCUGAAGAAGACCUACGGCGGUGCACCAGCUUUGGCCCUCUUCGCCAGCAAUUUCCGAAAGAAACGCGAGGCCUACCGGGGCUCCGAAUUCGCUCCCGCCAUCCUCGCCGAGAACGGCGUCCCCGUGGUAAUGAAGUCUGACCACCCAGUGCUCAACAGCCGCUAUCUCAUAUUCGAAGCUCAGCAAGCGCAUUAUCAUGGUUUGAGCCCAGAGCUGGCGCUAUCUUCUGUGACGAGUGUCUCUGCUAAGGCAGCUGGGCUUGACCACCGGGUUGGGUCGAUUGCUGAAGGAUACGACGCGGAUGUGGUCAUUUGGGACUCCCACCCGCUUAACCUCGGAGCUACGCCCGUUCAGGUUUACAUCGAUGGCAUCGAGCAGCUCAAGGAUCCGUUCGUCUUGAACAAGCCGGAGGAGUUCCAGAAGGUGCCCGAGGUGCCCGAUUUCUCGAAAGAGAGAGCGGAUACAGUCAAAUACUCAGGGUUGCCGCCUCUGACUGGUUGGAAAGACGAGAAGAAGCAGGCUGGAAGAGUGAAGGUUGUCGGUGUGAAGAGCCUGGUCGCAUAUGAAGAAUCGACUGGUGCACAGGACGAUACUCCCAGUUUCGCUCUCAAGACCCUUUUCGAUGAUAAGCACUCUUCCAGCGGACGGACUGUCAUAAUCGAGGGCGGCCGCAUCGUUUGCAUUGAAGGCACCGCCUCUUCCUGCACCAUUAGCGUUCGUGUUGGCGAAACCAUCGACUUGCAAGGCGGCUCAAUCGCCCCAGCGUUGACGACGUACGGCUCGCCGCUUGGUCUCGUCGAAAUCCGCCAGGAGGCGUCGACGAACGACGGUUCUGUCCCGGACCCGCUGACCGGCAGUGUGCCUUCAAUUGUACGCGGGACUGGGGAUGGGGUGAUCAGGGCUGUUGAUGGGUUGUCGUUUGGUGGGCGAAGUACUCUGCUCGCAUACAAGGACGGCGUGACUACAGCCAUAACCGCCCCAAGCGGCGGCGGCUUCCAGCGCGGUCUCGCCACAGCAUUUGACACUGGCGCUCCGCACUCCGCCGUCGACGGCGCGGUCCUCCAGGAAGAAACAGCUUUACACAUAGCGAUCAACUUUCAGAUCAGCACGAGCGUCAGCACCCAGGUCGCCGCUUUGCGGAGUCUUCUCUUCGCUGGGGGAGAUGAAGAAGAUGCUAGCGCGUGGGGUCGUGUUCGCGCCGGCAAGAUCCCUCUCGUCGUUGCUGUCCAGAGCGCGGACAUCAUUGCUACGCUGCUUAGCCUCAAGGCGGACUAUGAAGAGGCAACUGGACGGACGCUCAAGCUUACUUUCUCUGGAGCAACCGAGGCGCACCUCCUUGCCAGUGAGAUCGCGGAGGCAGGCGUCAGUGUCAUAUUGACGUCGCCGAGGCCCUAUCCGGGGUCUUGGGAACAGCGGAGGAUUGUUCAUGGACCCCCGUUGUCGCAAGAGAGCACAGUGACGACUCUUGUCAAAGCCGGAGUCAAUGUGGGCAUUGGCGUUAUCGACGAAGCAAGCGGGAGGAACACGCGGUUCGAUGUCGCUUGGACUGCCCUCGAAGCCAACGGCACCAUUUCCAAAUCCGAAGCCAUUGCACUGGCUUCGACUAACCUCCACAAAGCUCUUGGGUACUCACCCCAAAAGACUCCUGAUCUGGUCCUGUAUCGCGGUGGAGAUCUGUUUGGGUUUGAGAGCAAGGUCGUUGGUAUAGUGUCGGCUCAGAGAGGUGUGGAAGAAUUUUGA